UAAGUGACCUUGGUCCUGAAGCACACUGCCUCAGCUUGCAUUCCUGCCCCCAGCUAACCUGUGACUAUUGGGCAGCCCUCAGCCAGCCUUGCUCUCCUCACCACCAUGCGGUUGACAGGCGUGGUCCGGGUCGUGGCUCUGCUGCUGACGCUGCUGGGCACCUGGUAUGUCGUACAGACGUACUUCGAUCGCAGCUGGAGAGCCAUCAGCCUGCGCAGCUGGAUCGGUGAGGCACUGCCAGGGCUCUGGGUGCGCCUGGAGGGAGGGUGCAAGGGGCCCCCUCAGCCCAGGCACAAGUGUGGGAACCAGAAAAGCUGCCCCCAGAACCAUUUUGCCUUCAAGAUCACCAGCGGUGCUGCGAACGUGGUGGGACCCUCCAUCUGCUUCAACGACGUGAUCCUCAUGAGCAGUGUGAAAAACAACAUUGGCAGAGGCCUGAACAUUGCACUGGUGAAUGGAACAAAUGGGCAGGUGUUGAAAACUGACACGUUUGACAUGUACUCUGGAGACAUUAGCAAACUGGAUACCUUCCUCCAGAAGAUCAAGCGUGGAACCAUGGUGCUGGUAGCCAGCUAUGACGAUGCUGCCACAAAGAUGAAUGACAAGGUACGGGCACAGUUUGAGGAGCUAGGCAGCAGCCACGUAAGCAAGCUGAGGUUUCGGGACAACUGGAUCUUCUUGGGAGCAAAAGGGCUGAAGAACAAGAGCCCCUUUGAAGAGCACAUCAAAAAUGAUGCAAAGACAAAUAAAUAUGAAGGCUGGCCUGAGCUGCUGGAGAUGGAAGGCUGUGCCCCCAGAAAGAUGGAUUAGGACUAAGCUCCAGUCUGUUACAGAGGCAAGAUCUGUCUCACAGAGACACCAGCUCUAUUGCAGGGACCCCAGCCCCAUCACACCAACCCCAACUCCAUCACACCGACCUCAGCCCCAGCUGCCUGCUCCCAGGGACUGGCCUCUUCACAGCAGGGGCUGCAUGGGGCUUGGAGAAGAGCUGUACAAGUGCACACACCUGGCCAGGCUUCAGCCAAGUUGUCCUUAUCUCUGGCUUGACCUGGGCUAUUUUAUUUUUCUAGUCUUAAACAAAACAACCAACCAAAAAAAGACCUAAAUAAAAACCCAACUUCAUAACUUUGUAGAAGGGGUUUUGGAUUUCUUACCUAGGGUAUCUUAUUAUAAACCACUAGAUUCACAUUUCCAUUUUUAAGCAUAAUCCAUAC